AUGAUUUUUUCCCAAGAAAAUUUCCUUCAUGAGUAGGAAUUCUUUGGUCUUUGCCGACACCCACUUGUCCACAAGGCCCAUAAACCUAAUUGUUCGAACGGUAAUUCUCCUACAACACCACCUGUGUGUGUGUAAAAGUCUGCAUAGUUCUCUGGAUUCUUCUAUCUAUACCAUUGACAGAUAAGUAAUGGAUUCAAUGCUGGGUAAUUGGCCUUCUGUCAACCCUCAAAAUUUCAGCCAGUUACGACCCUCUGAUCCUUCCAAUCCUUCUAAAAAGACUCCUGUUACUUAUCGGCCAACACAUGACCGGACCAUCCCACCACCUGAUCAAGUGAUUACUUCAGACGCGAAAAAUAUACUUCUGAGGCACUUCUAUCAGCGUGCGGAAGAGAAGUUGAGACCCAAGAGAGCUGCUUCGGAAAAUCUGUCACCCGAGCAUGCAAACAAGCAUCCUAGAGCUUCUUCUUCGGAUAGUUCCCUCUGAGCUUUCUGGUAUUUUCUUGUACAUAUUACAGUAGUAGAAAUGUGUUGUAAACUCAUAGCUCCUGCUUACUGUUGUAAACUUAAUUACCCCGGAUUAAUAAAGUUAUCAAACGGUUAAUAAAUUUCUACCUAAUUUGGCCAUCGCCGCACAUACAUGUCGUGCAUCUUAGGCUUACA